AUGUCUAUUCCCACCUUGGCCUCCCACGCCGCAUUAUCUCUGAUCGAGGAACCCAAUUCGUCAACUCCUUUGUCCGCGAGCUCUUUCGUCUUGAAGGUAUUGAAAGUAACCGCCUAUCACCCACAGACAGAUGGUCAGACUGAACGUCAAAACCAAGAGCUUGAAACCUUCCUUCGUAUCUGGGUCAACUCUCACCAGAACGACUGGGCAACAUGGUUACCUAGCCCGCAGUUCUGUUACAACAACCUCGCUCACUCAACAACUGGCAUAUCCCCAUCCACCGCACUCUUUGGCAUGCCUGCCUAUGAUGGAUACAAUACAUGUCUUAAACCAAAGGUGCCAGCUGCUAGCGAGUUUGCUGCAAUGCACGACAAGAUCAGAGAAGAGGUCAAGUCUGCUCUGUGUGACUCCAAGACACGCAUGAAGGAGCAGUAUGACAAGCAUGUUUGCGACACCAUCCCAUAUGCGUGCAAUCAACUCGUUUGGCUCAGUGCAAAGAACAUCAAGAGCGUACAACCAUCCAAGAAGCUUACACAUCUUUGCUGUGGACCAUUCCGAGUUAUCAAGAAGAUUAGCACUACGUCUUACAAAAUCACUAUUCCACUGUAUUGGAAGGAGAAACGCGUACACGAUGUCUUCCACGCAGACCUUCUCUGUCCCUAUGUCACUCCAUACUUCAAGAACCAGGUCAACGAUGGGCCAAUCAAAGUGCCUGACAUGGUUGAAGAUGAUAAUCAGGAGGACACUUAG